AUGUCGUACAUUAUGAUAAUCCAAACGAGCGAAGGCAAGCAGGCGAAUGAAAGCAACGGCCAGGACGACGACGGUGAUGUGGAAGACUCGGUCUACAUAUCAGUGGAGCUCACGGACUUCGCGGAUUAUCCUAUCUUGGACAAGCAUGACGCAUUGGAGAUCGAGAACCUUGACAGCGACCGACCCAUUUUACGCAUUGGAGAGUAUGUUCUGUAUGGCACGUACGAGGAUGCUCUUGGGACGGACCUUUACUACGACAUGCCGCCGUUGUCCGAGUCCACCACGGAUGCCGCUGCGGCAACAUGUGUGUAUGCCGGGUCCGCGACGAAGCGCCUCAAGUUUGUCAUCGACCCCAACGAAAAGCGGCAAUUCCUGCGGAAGCCCUCUAAAGUUUAA